AUGUCGUAUUCUGUUUAUGGGAAAUUUGGAUUAGGUAAAGUCAGACCAACAUCAAUAACGCAGCAACUAGCUGAUAAAACAAUUUCAAAGCCACGUGACAAAGUUGGGGAUGUACUCAUAAAAGCAAAAAAUUUAAUAUUUCUAGCGGACUUCAUUGUGUUGGACAUACCAAAAGAUCGAGACAUUCCAAUUAUACUGGGUCUGCCAUUCUUAGCGACGGGACGAACCUUGAUUGACAUGGAAAAAUGUGAGCUAAUAUUUGACGUGGAGGACAAACAAGAGAUAUUCAAUAACUACACCCAAUAUGAGCAACCCUCAACAUCAAAAGUUGUUAUAAGGAACAUAACAUCACGGAACACUCAAACCAACAUGGACAUGGAGAGAAUGAGACAAAUCUCAAGUCUGGCUCGUAAUGGUCUUUGUUUUGGUUGGUAUUGUGGUGGUUGUGUGGCUACUGUCGAUUUUUUGUUGUUGGCAUUGGUUGUGGUGGAGGUGGUGACGGUGGUUGUGUUGAUCGACGAUGCUAGAGGCGGUUGA